AGUGCUACAAAAGUGACAUUAAAAAGUGAUACCAAGUGACAUUACACGGUGCUACAGAACUAAAAGAAAUUACACAGUGCUACAAAAAUAAACAAAAAUUAAUUAAAUUUUUUAUUUUUUCAUAAAAAAGGUCUAUACAAAAGACACAAUACUAAAAUAAAAAGUGUAACAAAAAGUGACAGUACACAAUACCACAAAAAAAGAGAUAGUAUACAGGAUAUAAUAUCUAAAUAUAAAAUCCAGAAGUAGUCAAUAUUGUGGAAGCUGCCGGAAGACUACGAAGGACUUUGGCAAUACAACAACAACAACAAUAGCAACACUACAACAACAAAUUUUUGAGACCCAAAGGCUAAAUCAAAAUAUGGCUGCCUACUUGCCCAAUCAAGACUGCCGUUUAGAUGAUCGCAGCCGCAGUCCCAACCAAUCCGCACGUCCAACAGCGAGAAGUUCUAGCAGACCCAGACGCCCAACCGAACCCAUUCCCAGCAGACCGGCUCAUAGACACCGCAAACUUCCCAGUUCCACAUCGCCAGAAAGACGUCAACGAAGCCGCUCCGCUGCAAGAUCCCGCCAACGCCAAGAACGACCCAGCUAUUGGCAGUAUUCCUGUGGGUUGUGUCAGGAGGACCAUGCCCUCAGUGCUUGCGAGAGGUUUCGCCACCAGACCCCCUUCCAGCGCUAUGAGACUGUGGAGCGUAGGGGGUACUGCAGAAAAUGCCUUGCCAGAAGUCAUUUGGCCCCUGACUGUCCGUCGUUGACUGGUUGCAGGAGGUGCAACAAUCGGCAUCAUACGCUGCUACACGGGGCGUCUCAGCUGGAGGAAGUAUCCCUAAACGAGGAAGUUGUAACAACACCAAACUUUGCGUGGGAUUUGGUAUUUGUGCCAACGGCUAUGGUGCGCAUCAAGGCUGACAAAAUAGAGGGGUACAGCAUGCUAAGGGCAUUAAUCAGCCAAUCAGCGACGAUGUCCAAAAUAUCGUAUGCGGCUUUCCGUAGAUUGGGCCUACAAUCGCGGAUUUACAAAGGGCAGCGAUUUACCACCUUUACGGUUUCGCCCCGCCGCAUAAACAGCCACUGGAGUCUUAGAUUUAGAUAA